AUGAUGACCAACGCAUCAAUCAUGGCCACGAACUAUCUCCCACCCAUCUCAGCCCUCAAACCAGCACUUCUCUUCACGGCCUCAGCAACCGUAACAACAAUAGCCCUCCACUUCCCCCCAAAAUCCCACCACCUCUUCCUCGCCCCGGCAUGGCUCCUCGCAGCAUGCUCCCUCCUCUCAGUCGACGGCGAGAACCCCUCAGCCCCUACAGGUCUGGACUCGUACACCGCCAUCACAAGCUUCCUCUUCCUCUUCAUCCUGCCCACCAUCCUCCUCGGCCAGUCCCGACUCCAAGCUCCCUCCCCGAACAAGAAAACCAAAACCCCGGGUUUCACACGUCCCAGUAGGCAAAGCAUCCUCGCCGCCUGCGCCAUCUGGAACAACCCCCGCCACCUCCCCUCACCCAGAACCACCUCAACGACAUGGCCCCGCCGAAUCUCCUUCGCAAUCCACCGAGCAGCCAAAGCCACCCGGAUCCUCCUCUUCGACCGCUGGGUCAUCCAACGCAUCCGCGCCUCCCUACCCGCCGACAUGCUCGACUUCACUCCCGACAAACACGCCCUCAUCCGGCCUCUCUUCUACCACCUCCUCACCUCCUGCACGUACACAAGCUGCCCCCACCCCGUGCUUACCACACACCAACUCCAACUCCGCGCCUUCACGGUCUUCUCCUGGCUGUGGUCCAACUACGCCCUGCUGCAGAAAUACCACGCCAUCCUCUCCGUCACCUUCGUCCUCCUCGGCGCCGACGACCCGGACCACUGGCCCCCCUUGUUCGGCAGUCCCGCGGACGCGUGGACGGUGCAGGGUUUCUGGGGGAAAUUCUGGCACCGCAUAGCGUCUCCGACAUUCAUCGGUUUCACGCGGCGGGUGCUGGGGAUGAAGAACGACCCGCGGACGAUGCUGGAGAAGUUGGCCGUCGCGUUUGGCGUGUUUUGCAUGUCGGGGGUGAUGCACAUGGCCGCGGCGUGGCGGACGGGGGAGGGUUUCACGCACUUGGACCUGUUCUUCUUUUGCGCCAACUUCUUCGCUGUCGUGGCUGAGGUUGUGGUGAUGCGGGUUAUUUUCGGGCUGAUGAAGAUGGCUGGGUCCGGUCCGCGAGUGGAGGGACGGUUGCGUCGCUUAGGGAGGGGUUUGGGGUAUGUUUGGGUUUUUGCGUGGUUCUUUUGGGCGACGCCGAGGUGGUUGUAUCCCAAGAUCAUGCGCGGUCUGAUCAAGAAGGCCCUGAUGGAGGACCGUUUGGGGGCGUAG